AAUUACCUUCCUCUACUAGAAGUGAAAAGAUUAGACUUUGCACUCUUGGACUCGUGCUGCGUUUUCGACGAGUAGUUAGAUUCAAUCAGGAAGUAUGCCGUAUACAAAUAUUCCUGAACAUUGACUCACUGUCAUUGCAAAAUGGCGUUGACGUUUAAAUAAUUUGUCGUCAUCGCUCGGGUUUCUGUUAAUUUUGUCAAAUAAUCUGUGCAUUUUGGUGUCUUGGAACAACUAAGAAGCGUUUCGUGGAACUAGACAGUGCGUGGAUAAAAUUAUAGAUGUGCUUCGAGUGAUCGGUCAACGCCAGAUCAAGAUGCGUGAAUUCAAAGUCGUAGUUCUUGGUUCGGGUGGGGUUGGGAAAAGUGCACUUACUGUUCAAUUUGUGUCCGGAAAAUUUAUGGAGAAAUACGAUCCAACCAUAGAGGACUUUUACCGCAAAGAAAUCGAAGUAGACAACUCCCCGUGUGUCCUAGAAAUCUUGGACACAGCGGGGACCGAACAAUUCGCUAGUAUGCGCGAUCUGUAUAUUAAAAAUGGUCAAGGAUUCGUCGUUGUUUACAGCCUAACGAAUCAUCAAACGUUUCAAGAUAUUAAACCUAUGAAAGAAUUAAUCACCAGAGUCAAAGGCUCUGAGCGAGUACCCAUAUUACUCGUCGCAAACAAAGUUGACCUGGAGCAUCAGCGCGAAGUCCAGACCGUUGAAGGCAGCAGUCUGGCACAACUUUGGGGGUGCCCGUUCGUAGAAGCCAGUGCCAAAAAUAGGACAAAUGUAAAUGAAGUAUUUGCUGAAAUUAUACGAGAAAUGAAUUUUAGUCCAGAGAAACCGAAAAAGAGUUAUUGCUGCACGGUGCUUUAAUUUACCUACUGUUUAGUUUAUUUUUCAAAUUUUUACCACUCUUUUUAAGUGUAAACAAUGCUCCGUUUGAGUAUCGGAUUCGCAAGUGUUGCUUUCAACUCUUAGGUUGUGGCCAUCACUAACUCUUACAUUCUUUCACGAAGUAAGUGUAAAGAAGGAUCAAUUUGUUCGUUGCCUCGUCCGUGACGCUGGAGCUGUCUCAUCGGUCUCUAGCAACUCUUAAUCAUCUCUGUGCAAUUCAUCCAAAGAAAUCCCCCUGUCUCCAUGGUGCAGAUUCAUACAUUGGUGAGCUUUACCUUCAAUUAUUUAGCAGCACAUCGUACCGUACCAUUUCGUCCGUCAAUUGCUCAUCAACCAAUGUUACUUACUUGGGUCUAAUUUUGCUAUCCAUCAAUGUAACUCAAAGCCAUCAUCUUCAGCUCUUUUUGGUGUUUCUUUGUAUCUUUCUUUGCCAUAAACAUUUUGCCUAUUUUUUCAGAAACUAGCCAUAAGCUAAGUGCAAAUGAUAAGUUCAUUUUAGGACGUGUGUAAUUCCCGUCGUUUCAUCAUGAAAGGUCUUGUUUAUAUGGCAUGUCCGUUUCUGGCGUGACCUUCUUUCUCUCUGGUUCCAAUUAUCACUGAAGCUUCCUCUAAGAAAGGAGUUUCUAGCUCAAAUUUGAUCAAAUUAUUUCUAAGAAUAGUUCUCUUCUGGUUGUGCACUGGAGAAUUCUAGACAAUCAUUCUGUUCUGUGAAUUUUAUAGAUUGUUUGUCGGCCCACUCAUAUGCAAGUAAAUGAAUUAAACAAAACCUUCCCAUGCAGCAUAAAAUAUGUAUUUAACACUCUGGAACCAACAUUUUACUGAUAUCAAUUUUGACAACUUAUGAGCCUUUGAGAGCUUGCAUCAGACGUAGGUGUCUUUCCAUCCACUAAAAUACGUACCUUUUUCUCCAUCUCUCUUUAAUCUUGGCAUAUCAGUUUAGCAAGUAAAAAAUCCCAAAUAUCUAUUAAACAAUUUGAAGAUGCCAGAUUAAUAUUUGACUCUCCACCCGUCGCCAAGAACUCAUGAUAAUUAAGUCUUAGAAAUUUCAUAUUUUUUAAAAUUCCCGAUGUAAUAUUGAUUAUAGGAGUCAUUUUCCGUCUCGGUUCCGAUCUUAUUUCAUAUUUUGUACUGUUUUUUACUUAACUGACUUAAUUUUUCUUGCGUUGAUGACACCCAAUGUUGUAAUUUUAUUCAAAAAGGUGCUAUAUUCUUUAAAUAUUACAGAUUAAAUUCAACGGUGGGCUCAUACAUCUCAUUUUGGCCAUUUUUUACAGUACCGACAUAGAUUUAAGUUGCGCCUCACAAGCAUUUAUUAAUCAUUAAAUUUCUAGCUCUCACUCCUUUUUCUAAUUAUUACCUCUUGCUGGAAUAGACCCAUGGCAAAUUGUGAAUUUGGCUGUCCAUUUCUAGCUAGCUGAAUGCGUAAACUAAUUCCUUCUGGUAGCAGCAUUUUUUAAAACGAACCUUCACCUUGAACGACCGUUAUCGGGUCCAUUUCCAGUUUCACGUAGCUGCCAAAAAAGCUUGCACUACUGCUUUGCAGCAUGAGCAUAAGAUACCAGCUCUUUCAUUACUGUUGAGGCAGGUGCUAGCUUCCUAAAGUCAAAUGACAUGUAAUAUUUUUCUCCGGUUAAAGUACAGCUAAAAAAAGUAAUCAGAGGAAUGAAAGAAAUUUAUGUUAUCCUAAGUGGGUGAACUUAUCAGUCAAAGGAGAAUCUUAUUCAUCAGCUUUUUACAAUUGUGGCAGGAGAUCCCCUAUGCAUCAAAACUUAUUCAAAACAAAUUGCCAUGUUCAAUUAUCUGUCAUUGUGUGAUACUCAAGAGAUUAGUUAGACUUCAUUUUGCAGUUAGAAAGUAAAAGUUUUGGCUUAACUGUGUGAAGACAUAUGUGCAUAGGGAAACUAAUGCUAUAUAUGUUGUUUCUUAACUGAGCCAGAAAGUUUAGUUUCUAAUUGCCUACUUAAUGCAGUCCAGUCUGACAGCACGAACCAAGAUCAGCCUAUCUACAUUUUAAUAUGCCAAAUUUCCUAUUGUGUUUUCUUUUUUUUUAACGAGAGAGGUAUGCAAAUUUUGUGAGUUUUCCGGAUGCCCUAAGAAAAACUGUCAGCAGGUUUUGAUUUAUUUUGUUCAACUCUGUUCUUAGGAAACAAAAUUCAAUACAUGAUAAAAUUAGGCGACUGCGAAAUGUUGUCAGGCUGAUCUUGAUUGAUGCCAUCUAAGUUAUCCUUACUCGAAUUCCCUUGACCGUCGAAUCUCCUUGCUCAAUGCAUUUUGAUUUUUUUGCAUACUACAUGGAAUGUAGAAUAGCGCAGACUUUAGUAAUUUUUGAAGUGCCAACAUUCUAGGAACAAUUGUAGAAUAUUUUCUUAACUCACAAAUUUCCAUUGUUUCAGUAGGUAGUCAUUUAGGUCCUCUUAAUACAUAAAAACUGUUGGAAAUAAAGUAGAUGAACUCUAGCAAAAUUUCAACCAUAACUAAACCAGCGCAAUUCUAAAAAAAAAAAAUUAUAUUUCUGUCAAAAUUUGGUGCCACCCAAGUCUCCUCCGUACCUUUCUUAAUUAUGUUUUUUUUUAAGGUUCUCUUAGAUCUUAUUUUGAUGUCCCAUUUCUUUAAAACUUAAAUCGAUUGCAAAAUGAAAUUGUCUCUUGAAAUGUUUGUUUUCUCUUUUGUGUGCUUGAAAGGGCUCUUUUCAUCCAUGACUGUGAGCAGUGCCUGUAGCAUUGCAUUAACAAAUGUCCAUUAAAUAUAUAUUGUAAAAUGCAAAUGGUAAGGAUCAAUUCCAGGCAUUAAAAUUACCUACUUUUAAACAGAGUAAGAAAUUUGUGCAAAAAAAGUUUCAUUUGUCCCUACUUUUUAUGAAAUAUCUGUUGGAUUGUCAUUUUUUUCUGUGCAAUAUCACUUAUGAGCACAUGAGGAGAAAUUAUUUUUUUACCUCAUGUGCCCUUUGUACUUAAAUUCUUAAUUCACCGAAAGAAUGUUUUCUUGUAUUGACAGGUCCCCUCCUCACUUCCUGCGCAGGAAAUCCCUUUUUCAGGUUUAAUCUCUAGGCUUCCCCAUCAAUUUCAAUGUUAUGUCAGGCUCAAGGUAUUGUGUUGAAUUCGAAUUUUUCUGAUGGAAUUGAUCAGUUCUCUAAGGGUAGCACAGUUUGAUUAGGACCCAUGACAUCUAUUUCCUAAAUCGGACAGAAACCUCCAACAGAUUAAGUCCCUCCAUCAUUAUCCUGAUUUGCAGGAAGUGUAAGGUGGUGAAUCCUGCAUCAACUUCUAAAAACUUUGAAAGCCGCAAUAUCUUUUUUCUUUGUUCAGUCUUUUAUUUUUAAAGAAUUUAGGACAUUCUCAAAGUUUAGGUCAUUUCUCUCCGUUAUCAGAUCAAUAAAAUUCAGAAGCCUCCUCAUAUUAUAGUUCCACUAAGAUUGUAAAGAAAACAUUUUCUCUACUCCUGGCCUCUGAUUACAGCUAUUGUCUAUCUAUGUAGACAGACGUACACAAUCAAUUUCUUGUCAGUACUUAUGUUUCAAUUUUCUGUACUCUGUAAUAUCAGCUGCAAUCAGCUUAUGAUUUUCUGUGAGACCCAUGGUCAGUACUGCUAUCCAACAGUAAAGUCUACUAUGUAUAUUUUUUGUACCACGUGACCAUUUAUAGAGAAAGGGGCCUGCUCCACUAUUAAAGAAACUGAAAAUAAAAUUGUUGGCAUUUACGUGUAGGUAGAUGAAUGAAUUAAAUGUUUUUGCCAAAAAUGAGAGUCAACUACGAGUUAUCAAACUGAAGUAGAUACCUAGUCUGACGUUAGGAGUUCAGACAGCAUUAUCUUUAAAAAAAAAAAAAACCGAAGAAAAAAAUUCUCUCAAGUUCAAAACUCCAUUUUGUCUGCGUAAAAUACAAGUUCCCUCUCCCUUUGGCACUAAAAUGAAAUAAACCCU